GCCCACACACGCUUCCGAUUUUUUUUCUUUCUUUUUUUUUAAUGUAUUUUGGCGUUUCUGACAUUUUCUGUAAUGUUUCUUCAGUGCGUGGUGAUAGAGGAUGCGCCAGCGGGUGUGAAAGCUGCCCAUGCAGCAGGAAUGAGGUGCAUUGCUCUGAUGACAUCUGUCGCCCACGAGGUGUUGAAGUCAGAGAACCCGACGUUGAUGAAGAGCUCUAUCUCUGACGUCUGUUUGGAGACAAUACGGUCGCUGCAGUACCCUUCCAGGAAAGACACGAUGCGGCAGCAGGAGGGUGAGCAUCAGAUGCAGCAGCUAGGAAAUGUCCGCAAGGGGGAAGAAGGGAUGACUAAGGCCAAAGGGGUCGACGUAGAAGAAAGGCGUAUUGUUCUCGAAGAGGAAAAUGAGGGAGCAUCAGCGCUGGCGACGACGAAAGCGGGCGAGCCCGGCGAGGACACUGACGACCAAGCUUGGCUCGUAGAUCCAGGAUUUCUUGAUGCCGAAGUUGCUCUGCCGAACGGGUAUGCAACAACAAGAAGAGAUAUAUUGAAAUUGGCAAGUGCUGGGAUGGGCAGUUUUGCAGUUUUCACAGCUCUUUCAAGAGCGAAGGCACUAUCAUAUAUCAGCCCAAAAGCAGUCCUCAAUGAAAUGUUCGGGUUUAUUCGGCCGUCGAUGACUGGGGUUGCUGUCGCUGGAGAGGACCGCGUAGGGAGGUUCCGAGGCUUCCUCAAGGACUUGGAAAAAAGAAAUUAGCAGAAAAACUCUGAAAAAGUCAUAGUGCGAGUACGCCCCGAACUUCAGUAAAGCUGAUGGGGGGAG